AUGGUCGCACUCUAUAUCUAUCUUUUCAACCCGUUGUCAAUAAAUAAUAAAAAAUAAUGAUCAACCUCUCUCGAAAUCGAAGUCCCAAUGCGGCUUCAUCACGUGCCGAUACUGAAUGGCAUGACCUCAUCUGCCAUGACGUCAGACCAGAUCUCCGCAAGAACAAGAACAAGAACCAACGAAGCAAGUAAUUAUUUUUAUUUAGUUUUAAUACUGAUCGAGAUCUUAGAAUAAUAUACCCUGCUGGGGCCAUCCCAAUCAAUUUUCAUGAUCAGGCAGAAAAUCCUUGCUCUGCAUCUACAACCGCAACCAGAUUUUGCGACACCCUGGACGUCGGUUAACUGAGCGCAAGAUACCUCGACUGAUCAGCGAGCGAAGUCUGGACUCCUGAGAGACACAAUGGUCUCACUCUGGGGUUCGAAGAAAGAUGACCAAGGGAGGGCUGAGAAUGGUGACCAUGCGCAGCAAGAUAACGACCGCCAUUCUCCCGUCAGAGACUACGGAAGAAGGUCUCAGGAACCAGAGCCGGAUGAGCGCACGCGAUUGCUCCCCAGAGAAGGAAAUGGCUAUCUGAGUCCUGAUGAUCCUGCUGUGUCUCCAUAUAACCUCUGGACCGUACGAGCCCUUCGAGGUCUCUCUGUCUUCUUCCUCGCUAUCAGCUUCGUCUGGUGGGUAUUCCUGCUGGUGUCAAUCUUCGUCAGUCCACCAUUGAUGCAUAGUCGCGGAUCCGGCUUCUUCGACUUUGCCUACACGAGCUUGACCGUUGGCUAUAUUAUUAUCGGACUGCUGUUCUUCUCCGUGCCCUCUCGGCCUAUGCUAAUCUGGGGCGCUGUUCUGUCCGUUCUCUUAUUUAUCGAUAUGCUUAUUAUCGUGUCCGUGCCCCGAAUUCGCGUGGAAGAAGGUUGGGUUGGCAUCGCGUCUGUCAUCUGGGCGACUCUUAUCUCAAUCUACAAUAUUAUGCAGAAUCGAUACGUGGCAUGGGGCAAGAAGGAAGAGGAAGAACGGCUCACUGGUCGUGAGGAGACACGACGUACUCUGGUUGAAUGGAUCGCAGUCAUGGUGGAACUGGUCAUUAUGGGAAUCAUCGCUAUCGUCGUGCUCCUUAUGACAGCAACCCUCAUCCUUCGCGCGAGGGACGCGAGUCUCGCUCCGCCAGGAAAGAAAUACUACGUUGACGGCGACAAGUACCAGGUGCACGUCGCGUGCGUGGGCAACAUCACUGCUCAAGAAGAUAAGCAAUCGCCCACAAUCCUCGUCGAAGGUGGUGAGGGCCCCGUCGAGGACAGCCUGCAACCCUGGAUCGAUCAACUCUACCAGCAUGGCACCAUCGACCGCUACUGCUACUGGGAUCGCCCGGGCUUCGCCUGGUCCGAUAACGCACCCUCCCCUCACUCUGCAGGCAUGGCUACCGACGCUCUAUCCGAAGCUCUCGCCAUCGCCGGGGAAGAAGGCCCCUGGAUUCUCGUCUCCGCCGGCGUCGGCAGUAUCUACAGCCGCAUCUUCUCCAGCCGUCACCUGCGCGACGUCCAAGGCCUCUUCCUCAUCGACCCCCUCCACGAAGACUUCCUCUCCCAAGUCGGCAAACCCGGCCGUGGCUUCCUCCUCUGGGCACGAGGCAUCAUCUCCCCUCUCGGUCUGGACCGUCUCGCAGGCGCCAUUUUCAAAGGCCGCACCCGCGAAGACCGCGUCUUCGGCCAGAGCGCAUACCAAGGCGGCCGCUUCAUCAAAGCCAAGCUUCAAGAAAACCUCGUCGCGGAAUCCAUGACGGCCAGCGAAAUCGCCAGUGCGCGCCACAUCCAGACCCGCGACACGCCUCUUGUCAUAGCCAGUUCGGGCGUUGAGGUCCGCAAGAGCGAGAAAUGGGCGAAGCGCCAGGAAGAUCUGGGUCAGAUCACUGAUAACCUGAUCGCGUGGGAUGUGAUUAAGCAUGCUCCACAUGAAGUGUGGAAGACGUCUGACGGACGGAAAAUCAUGGAGGCUAGAUUGGGAGAUCUACUCAGGGCUGUUAAGGAUGAAGCAUAAAAAAAUGGACAGAAAAAAGGGGAAUUGUAUAUGAGAUAUGGAUAACAUAUGGAUUUUUUUUAGGAUAUGUUUCUGAGCCAGUUUUAUGACAUAUAAUCAAUGCUUUCGGAUUUCAUGUAUAAUAUAUGACGAGACACUGGCGUUCUAUGAUAAUGCUAUUCAUUGCUUCCUGCUUGUACACAUGUAUUUUUACGAUAUGACAGACUGCGCAGAAGUUCUUCUUCUUUUUUCUUA